AUGGAAGGAACAGGAGAGGAAUGGUCGAGUCAUCCUUUCCAUGGGAGGUAUUCUCGUGUCAGAGACGAAGUCGCUUAUGGUGAGACAUUAGAACCCUUAUUAUCAUCUUCCAUUUCUCCAGCGAGUUCUCUUGCACUACACGUACUCUCUACUUCUAUCACUCUUUGGGCUUUCCAAGCUUCCCUAAUCCUUGUUCCCUCAUAUCUUCACUCGCUGACCGCCAUUUCGCUUGCCAUUAGGACACGAAUGUACGACCAAGUCGGCUUAGCAGCCCCCUCGUCAUGCUGUCCACCCGUGACAGUGGACUCCUCAGAGCUAUUAAAUGUGGCGAUCGGGUGUUGGGGUUUGCUGGGAAGCGACCCAUGCAUUCGCCUUGAACAAGACCCUAAAUCAUCAGUUCCUGAUCUCGUUAUGGCCAACGCAAACAAAUGCCUCCUACAGAAGUCACGACAUAGGCAGCACUUACAUACGACUUGGGACCACCGCGAUUUCGUUUAUAGCACGGAAAAGCAUUCAUCGAAACGACAUGGUCUAUCCGUGCCCGUUGUUACCACUCGAACGUUCCAUAAGGCUGGAGUAGCAUGA